AAGUAUUAUCAGAACUUUCUCGAUCGUGCCACCCCGUAUGUUAUUGCUAGAUGGAUUUCGACAAUGGUAUUAUCAAUUAUCUAUGGUCUAAGGAUAUAUAUAAUCCAGGGAUUCUACAUAGUAACUUAUGCUCUCGCCAUCUUUUUAUUGAACCAAUUUAUUGGUUUCCUAACUCCCCAAAUGGAUCCUGCAAUGUCUAUGGAAGAAGAGGAAGAUGGACCGACGUUACCUACCAGAAGAGAUGAAGAAUUCAAGCCGUUUAUGAGAAGGCUCCCUGAAUUUAAGUUUUGGACUUCUACUACUCGAGCUAUUAUAAUUGCAACUUUCUGCACUUUCUUCCAAGUAUUUGAUGUACCAGUAUUUUGGCCAAUAUUGGUAAUUUAUUUUUUCUUAUUGUUUUUCAUGACAAUGCGAAGACAAAUCGAGCAUAUGAUUAGGUACAGAUAUUUGCCAUUUUCUCAUGGAAAGAAAAAAUAUAAAGGGAAGGAAGACAGUGGA